AUGGCUGUUAGUGAAUCUUUAAAACGUGAAAUAUGCGAGUAUAGUCAAAAAAAUCUUAAUAAAAAACAAGCAGAUAUUGCUAAACACUUUAAUUCCAAAGAUUCUAGUUUAAACUUAGAUCGAACUACAAUAUCUAAAAUUUUAAAAGAUAAAUCAAAAUACCUCUGGAUUGAACAAGUUACUAACGGUGAUAUGAUUGUAACAAAAUUAAUGAUUAAAGAAAAAGCUGCUGAUUUCGCAAAAGCUUUGAAUUUAGAAGAUGACACUUUGAAAUUUUCAAAUAAAUAG